CUGACGAAGACCAGGAAAAAGUCAGAGCGUAGCAACGCGUCGAUAAGAACCGAACCAAGGCGAAUUUAAAAUGUCAAUUUUGCGAUUAUUAUCAGGUAUGUUGUUCAUUUAGUGCAUUUAUUGUUGGUCAUCUAGUGUCGACUAAACAUCGCAGUUUUAUUCCUUUGGCGUCUCAGUGCACGUUUAAGCUUCUCAGGCUACCUUAGCUUGCUAGCUGCUAACAAAGAGACGCGGAAGUUAGCAACACAUGCUAAGUGUUGUGAAAAUGUGUAAAGUCCAAAUGCUGAGAGCGUUGGUGAACCAGCGACUAACUGCGGCUGUUGAAGAAAUAUUUGUUGUGUUGGAAAGAACGAUAGCAGAGUACGAGGAGGAACUUUGUCGAACAAGAGAGGAGAACGAGCGACAACGUCAGCUGUUGGACGCGGUUUUAAAGGAUCCUCAAACGGAGUCACGCACAGCAGACGUCCGCGAGGAAGAUGUUCCCCCAGAGCAGCAGGAGUGGAGCCCCAGGGGGGAGCAGGAGGAGCCCCAGCCCCCCCACAUUAAAGAGGAAGAGGAGGAGCAAGUGUGGACUCAGGAGGACACUGACAUCAGCAAGUUUCCUGUGACUUGUGUGAUCGUGAAGAGUGAAGAUUGUGAAGAUGCUCAGUGGUCACCGCUUGAUAACAGCCGAAUAGAAGAGAAGAGAAGAUCAGAAGCAGACGGCAUCCUGGCUCCGCUAUCAGAUAGUGACGACACCACCACACGCUCUCCUGACACUGAUGAUGAACACUCUAAAGCGGAUAUGACAUAUCACACUGACGACAAACACUUUAAAUGCUCUCACUGUGACAAAACCUUUGAUAAGAAGUCACAUUUAGAAAUCCACAUGAGGACGCACACGGGAGAAAAACCAUUCAGCUGUUCAGUUUGUGGCGAAAGCUUCUCUCAAAAAGGGAAUUUGAUGAGACACACAAAAAGACACACGGGAGAAAAAACAUUCUCUUGCUCAGUUUGUGGUCAGUUAUUUUCUUCAAAGUCCAAUUUGAUGGUCCACACAAGAAGCCACACGGGAGAAAGACCCUUUUCCUGCUCAACAUGCAACACAGGCUUUAGUUCUCAUUCGUCGUUAUUGAGGCACAUGAGAACACACACUGGUGAGAAACCUUUCUCUUGCUCAUUCUGCAACAAAACAUUCUCUCAGAGGGAGCAUUUGAUAGCGCACACAAGAACACACACUGGAGAAAAACCUUUUUCCUGUUCCGUCUGCAGUGUGACCUUUAGUUUCCAGUCGUCCUUGGUGAGGCACAUGGUAACGCACUCCGGUGAGAAACCUUUUCCUUGCCCAUUUUGUGGUGAAACAUUCUCUCUGAAAAGCACCCUGAGGAAACACAUGAGGAAGCACACUGGAGAGAAACCAUUCAGCUGCAAUGUGUGUGAUAACAAGUUUUCUUACAAGUAUCAGCUUAGCAAACACGUGUGUGCUGGUGAGAGCAGCAGCAGUCAAAUGCAUUUCACUGGCUAGAUUUGACCUUUUAUUGUGUGACUCGCGUUUAUUGUGCAUGUUUAACAUUCCUAACACUUUGUCAUCAAAGCAACAUGUCUUCCUUUUUGUGGGCUAUAGAAAUAAAACAUG